CCCUCACAUCUUCCUGGCGUCGCAUGCCCCAGCAGGGUUGCAAGUCAGGCGAGGUCCUGCCCUUGAACCCCUGGGACCCUCCCACCUCAUGGCUUCCCGGCCAUCUGUCCCUCAUGCUGUGCUUGGAGCCUCGGUGCCUGCAGCCCCCAGCCUCAUCCUGCUCCUGCUCCUCCUGCCCCCCACCCAAGUUGCAGCCAUAGCCCAUGGACACCCCAGGAUCGAGGGUGUCUCCUUGAACCGAGACGUGGCCUGUGGCCAUCGUUACAUACAGGGGAAGAUUGUGGGGGGCGUGGAUGUCCCAGAGAGGAAGUGGCCAUGGCAGGUCAGCGUGCACUAUGCAGGCUUCCACGUCUGCGGAGGGUCCAUCAUCGAUGAGUACUGGAUCCUGUCGGCAGCCCACUGCUUCCAGAAGGAGAAGAACACUGAAGCAUUUGAUAUGUACGUGGGCCUUGUGGACCUCAGGGUUGCAGGCAAUCACACCCAGUGGUUCGAGGUGAACAAGGUGAUCAUUCACCCUACGUAUGAAGUGUACCACCCUAUUGGAGGGGACAUUGCCCUGGUGCAGCUGAAAUCUCGCAUUGUGUUUUCUGACUCUGUGCUCCCAGUCUGCAUUGCACCCCCAGAUGUGAACCUUCAGAAUGUCAUUUGCUGGGCUACAGGAUGGGGAGUCAUCUCCCAACAAGGCCACACCUCAGACAAGCUGCAGGAGGCACAGAUGCCCCUGAUCUCACUGCCCCUGUGCCAGCUGCUCUACGGACACCUGUCAUAUAUUAUGAUGGACAUGCUGUGUGCCGGGGACAUCAAGAACGUGAAGACUGUGUGCGAGGGUGACUCUGGCGGCCCACUCGUCUGUGAAUUCAACCACACCUGGUUGCAGGUUGGAGUGGUGAGCUGGGGCCGUGGCUGCACAUACCCUAUGUAUCCUGCAGUUUAUGCGCGGGUCUCCUAUUUCUCAAAGUGGAUCCAUUAUCACAUAGAGCACACACCCCUGCCUCUUCAGCCACUCCCCACCCUCUCCUCCAUGCUAUGCGCCACCCUCAGUGUCCCUGUGACCAUGCUGACUGUCCUGUUAAUGUUGUGAGGGCCACCGGCCAGGCCCAGAUGUGGGGCCACAUCUCACCACAAAAGGGCCCAGUGCUCUGGGCUGAGAUGUGGUAAGAUAUUAAAUGUUUACCAAGUGAGCAUCCCGGAGGUGCUGUCGUCUGUCCACUCAGAGCACAGGCCCCCUCACGAAGACAGAGUGUGUAUAUCGCCUGGCACUCAGUGGCCUUAUCAGGGUGACAGGCAGCAAGGGGAGAAGCACAGGCCAGCCGGCCAUCAGUGUUGGGACAUUGAAUCCAGGUGCAGCCAAAGCCAGCAGAGUUUUAAAUGCUCAGACCUGUCAGUGUCAAAGAGUUUUUAAGUACCCACAUUUCCAAUAUGAAAAUUGAAAGAUGUGAGCUGAGAGUAGGCAUUCGGAAGAA